AUGCAGAGCCGCGGGGCUCCCUUGGUCGCGCUGCUGCUGACGGCGCUCAGCCUGACCCGCGGGGACCCCCGGCCCCCCGACCCCCCUCAGCCGUGCGGGCUGGAGGCUCCGAGCCGCCGGGCGGCCCCCCCGCACCAUCCUUACGGGCUGUACCCUGGCCGAGCGGCUCAGGGGGGGCUCAGAGCCGCAGUCCCGGACUCCGGGAGGCAGCGGGGUCGGAGGCCGAGGGCAGCCGGGGGAGGCGGCGAGGAGCCGCGGGGCGAGGCGGAAGGCAGGCUGCGGGGCCGGGCGGCGCGGGUGCCGAGCCCCCCCCGGGGCCGGCCGCUCCCCGCCCUGUACUUCGCCGGCGGCCGGGAGACGCUGGCGGCGCGGCCGGAGGCGCUGCCUCACAUCCCGCGGGAGCGUUUCACCCUGGAGCUGUGGGUGAAGGCGGAGGGCGGACAGAGCAACCCGGCCGUCAUCGCAGGAGUCUUCGACAACUGCUCACACACGGCCAGCAAUAAGGGCUGGGCUUUGGGCAUCCGUGCCCUGCGCCUGGGUGGCAAGCAGGAUGCCCGCUUCUUCUUCUCCCUGCGCACAGACCGAGCGGCCGCCGCCACCGAGGUGACAGGGUCCCAUCGCUACCAACCGGACACUUGGACCCACCUGACCGCCAGCUAUGACGGGCACUGGAUGGCCCUCUAUGUGGAUGGGGUGCGGGUGGGCCGCACUGAUGGGCAGGGAGGGCCCCUGCACAGUGCCUUCAUGGCCUCCUGCCGCACCCUGCUGCUGGGAGGGGACGCCUGGGGGGACGCUCAUGCUUUUCGGGGACAUGUGGCCGGGCUGGCCUUAUGGCAGGAUGCGCUGCCCCAAGCACAGCUCCAGCGAGCUUUCCUUGAAGAGGUGCCCAGCGGCUCUCCAGUGCUGGCCGCCGGCUUGGACACUUUGGAGCAACAGUGGGUGCCGUUCCGUGAAGCCUCGCUACCCCGGCGCCGGGUCCUGCCCCCCGCCGUACCCCCCAUCCUCCAUCCGUUCGGUCCUCCAGCCUGCGGGCAGACGGCGUGCGACAACGUGGAGCUGGUCUCCCACUACAACCAGCAUUGGCCGCUGCGCGGUGCCAAGGUGGUGCGGUACCGUGUGGUCAGCCUGGCCGAGGACAGCGGCGGGCGGCCGACGGUGAGCCGUGAGCAGGUGUGGCGGCAGCACCGGGCGCUGAGCGAGGCCUUCCGCCCCUACAACAUCUCGUGGCAGCUCAGCCUGCUGGAGGUGCGCAACUCGUCCUUGCGCCGCCGUGCCGUUCUGCUGGGCUGUGAGCCCAGUAAGGUGGGCAACGAGCGCUGCGACCCUGAGUGUGAGCACCCACUGACCGGCUAUGAUGGCGGGGACUGCCGCCGACCCGGGCGCUGCUUCUCCUGGAAGCGCCGCGACGGUGUUUGCCACAUGGAGUGCAACAACAUGUUGGAUGACUUUGAUGAUGGCGACUGCUGUGACCCACGGGCUACCGAUGUCACCAGGACCUGCUUCGACCCUGACUCGCCAUACAGGGCAUACAUGAGUGUGAAGGAGCUGAAGGAGGCACUGCAGCUGAACAGCACCCACUUCCUCAACGUUUAUUUUGCCAGCUCUGUGAGGGAAGAGCUGGCUGGUGCUGCCACUUGGCCAUGGGAUAAAGAGGCCCUAAGUCACUUGGGUGGUGUUGUCCUCAACCCUGCGUAUUACGGCGUGCCUGGCCACACGAACACCAUGAUCCACGAGGUGGGGCACGUCCUGGGGCUGUACCACGUCUUCAAGGGAGUGAGCGAGCGGGAAUCUUGUGAUGAUCCCUGCAGGGAGACAACUCCAUCUAUGGAGACAGGAGACCUCUGUGCUGACACCGCCCCGACCCCAAAGAGCAAGCUCUGCCGGGACCCAGACCCUACCAACGACACCUGUGGCCAGAUGUAUUUCACGGGAACACCCUUCAACAACUACAUGAGUUACACUGACGAUGACUGCACCAACACCUUCACCCCCAACCAAGUGGCCCGGAUGCAUUGCUACCUGGACCUGGUGUACCAGCGCUGGAGCCAGGGCAAGAAGCCCACGCCCAUCCCCAUCCCACCCAUGGUCACGGGGCAGACGCAGGAUUCCCUCAGCAUCUACUGGCUGCCCCCCAUCAGCGGUGUGAUCAAUGAGAGGGAACUGGACCCGCUCUGCGAUGACUGUGCUGAGGACGGCACUUUUCGGCAAUAUGUGCACGAGGCCUCAUCCCCUCGGGUCUGUGAUUCCUCUGGCUACUGGACCCCAGAAGAAGCAGAAGGCCCCCCAGAUGUGGACCAGCCCUGUGAGCCCAGCCUUCAGGCCUGGAGCCCAGAACUCCACCUCUACCACAUGAACAUGACAGUGCCCUGUCCCCAGCCGGAUGGCUGCAUCCUGGAGCUACGCUUCCUGCACCCUGUCUACCCCGACUCCCUCACUCUCUGGACCACGUACCUCUCCACAGAUGCUCCCAAGGCACUGGCUGACAUUGAAAUCCUGAUGGAGCAGGGGGAGUCCAUCCAUUUAGGCCCGCUGGACACUUACUGUGACGUUCCCUUUACCGUAAAGCUCAACAUCCACAAAAAGGUGUCCGGGGUCAAAAUCUACACCUUUGACGAGAGGAUGGAGAUAGACACGGCCCUGCUGACCUCCCUCCCUCACAGUUCCCUCUGCUCCUCCUGUAAGCUCAUCCAGUACCGCGUCCUCCGGGAUCCCCCUUUUGCCAAUGGUUCCCCUGCCACCUCUGUGCAGGUGCACCGUGAGUUUGUCGACACGGAAGUCACUCCUGGGCAAGUGUACCGCUAUCAGGUGCAGGCAGUCUCUGGGACAACCUUGGGAGAAGCAUCCCCACCACUCGUACAUGUCCAUGGAGCACCCUACUGUGGGGAUGGAAAGGUGACUGUGAGCCUGGAAGAAGAAUGCGAUGAUGGGGAUUUGCUGGAUGGAGAUGGCUGUUCCAGGAAGUGUAAAAAGGAAAAAGGCUUCAACUGUGUGGGGGAGCCAAGCCUGUGCUAUGUGCAUGAUGGAGACGGUGUGUGUGAGCCCUUCGAGAAAACCACCAGUGUCAUGGAUUGUGGUCCCUACACACCAGAUGGAUUCAUGGACCUGUGGGCAGCAAAAGCUUUUGCCUCUCAUCAGGAUGAGAAGUCCUGCCCUGCUUCCUUGGUCACCGGAGAGCCCAUUGCAAAGGCAUGUAAAUCCUACCUUCACACUGUGCCAAAGGACCUUUCCCAGGCUGCUUGGUUCCCAUGUGCUCCCAGCCAAGAGAAUGCUCAGGAUCCAGAUGAGAAGAUGCCCUUGAGUGGAGAGAGAGUUUGGCUGAAGGUGUGCUUCGAGAGACCCGUGGUGCCAACCGCCGUCCUACUCUUCCUGGCCUCUGAUGGCACCAUCUCAAGCAACCAGCACAAACCCCGGGUGACCGUCCAGCUGGGUGAUGUGGAUGGGCUGAACCACUCUUUGGGAACACAUGAGGUGUCAUGCCAGCAAAACCCACUCAUCAUUAGCGUGACCCACGGGCAGGAGCCACCAUCCCUCUGGGCUGGAUCAAUGCUGCUUAACUUCUCCUCACCACUUGUGGGCAUUGCAGCUGUGGCCCUACGGACACUGGCUGUGCCUAGCCCCUCCAAGCCCCCCAUCUGCCUGCUGCAGCACAAGGAAGGACAUGGCCAGCAACACUACAGCUGUGCGCAUGGUGCUUGCACAGGGCUGGGAAGCUGCACGCAGCCACUUCUCGCUCACGUCGCCAGCCUGAACUGCUCCUCAGAUGGCCCGAGGCACAUGGAGUGCUCCGUCACCUGUGAGCAGGGCUUCAUGCUACGCUCUGGCAGUGGGAAGAUCUUGGGCUAUGCACAGCAGGAGGUGGUGCUGACAUGCAGUUCGGGGCGGUGGGACAGAUCUGUGACUUGUGAUCCUGUUGACUGUGGUGUCCCUGACCAGUCACACGUCUACUAUGCGGAGUUCUCCUGCCCCAAGGGGACCACCUACCUGAAGAGAUGCUCCUUCUCCUGUAUCCACCCCGCCAAACUUCGAGGGAUGAACCAAUGGCUGACGUGCCUGGAGGAUGGGCUCUGGUCGCUCCCCGAGGCCUAUUGCAAGCUGGAAUGCGAUGCUCCACCUGCCGUGCCCAACGCCAGGCUCCUGGUCCCACGCUGCAUGCAGGGCAACCACGACGUGGGCUCCGUCUGCCGCUACAAGUGCAAGCCUGGGUACCACGUGGCGGAGAACACAGUGGGCAAACCUAAGAAGAAGUUCCUGAAGGUGCAGUGCCUGGAGAGUGGGCAGUGGGAAGAGGGACGCUGCAUCCCUGUGGUGUGCGAGCCACCCCCGCCAGUGUUUGAGGGCAUGUACAACUGCACCCAGGGCUUUGAGCUUGACAGCCAGUGUGUCCUGAGCUGUGAGCCGCCAGGAUCACAGGUCCCUAUUGUCUGCACCAAGGAGGGCACGUGGACAGAGGAGUUCAAGCUGUGCAAGAGCCUGCAGGGCACCUGCCCACCACCCCCAGAGCUCAACCUCGUGGAGUACAAGUGCGAACAGGGGCACGGCAUAGGUGCUGUGUGUGUGCCUUCCUGCAUUAUCCCUCCCAGCGAUCCAGUCAUACUGCCCGAAAACGUUACUGCUGAGACUAUGGAUCACCGCCUGCAACCUACUAGAGUCCAGCACAUCGUAUGCACGGGCAGGCUGCAAUGGUACCCAGACCCCUCUGCCAUCCACUGCAUCCAGUCGUGUGAGCCCUUCCUAGCAGAUGGCUGGUGUGACACCAUCAACAACCGGGCAUACUGCCAGUAUGAUGGGGGCGACUGCUGCUCCUCCACGCUGUCCUCCAGGAAGGUGAUCCCAUUUGCUGCCGACUGUGACCAGGACGAGUGUACUUGCCGCGACCCGGCGGCUGAGGAGAACCAGUAGAGGGGGCAUGGAGGGCCUCUAUCAGUCAGGCGAGUGCCGGAGGAGUGAAGGGACACCAAAGGAGGCAGCAGGGUGCCGGGGCAGGAGGCACAAGGAUGAGCCAGACAGGAGGAUGGCAGUGGAGGCCGCCGAGUAGCUGGUGGCUGUGGAAAAGGAGGCCAGGUGGUCCCAUCCCCAUCCCCAUAGGCUCCUGCCGGGGACUUCGGGUCCAGCCCAAGGGGCUCCGCGCGGGGUCCGGCACCAGGAGCCUGGAUGCGGCUGCAGACAUGUGUCCUGGUGCAGCGUUUUUGCUCUGGAUUUUGUCACUAUUCACUCCCCUCCCUCUGCUGUACAGGCUUCUUUUAGCAAGGUCGAGGUAGUUGUGAUCUCUGCAAAUAUUUAAACUUAAUUAUAUAUAUAUAUACAUAUAUAUAUAUAAUAUAUAUAAAGUAUUAUAUAUUAUAUUUUCUUUGCUCUUGAUGAAGCUGAGAAAGGAUACCCUUUGUCACACACCCACGCUGCUGUGAAGUACAAACCAUUGGGAAAAGUGCAGGUCAGGGCAGGAAGAGCAGGGAAUUUCCCCUCAUUUGCGGAGCAAGAGCUGGAAGGACGACAGAGAGAGAAGCCAAACAUCCCAGCCAACUAGGAGGGAGUUCCUGGUGGAUGGCGUGGAGGCCAGGACCUCAAGGUACUCUCAGUAUCUGCUGAUGGCAGGUGUUGCCCUUGGGAUUCACUGGAGCUUUGCUUUGCUCUGGUCCUGGAGUAGGAUUUUGAGGUUGAAAAGGGAUGUUGUGCCCUAGACUUGCCUUGGCUGUUGAGACCCAGAUAGAUGAAGGAUGUGAUGGGCAAGCCAGAAUAACUGUGAUGCUCUGCAAUGAAGGAGGCUGAAGGGGUCCUCCUUUUCUUUCCCCUAUCUCCAAACACGAGCUUCAACAGUGCAGUCAGCAGAUCUUGGAGGAGAACAGGCCCUGUAGCACAGGGAGGGGAGAACCCCAGUGACUCAUCAGGAUUCUUUGAGUACCAUCUCCCACUGAGCUUUUCCUUACUGCCAUCUCUGUGGCCCUUUGCACUGCAUGCCCAGUACAGCCUUUCUUGGGUCAUUUCCUUCUGUAGAGACCAAGUGAAAACCUUCAAAUUUGCUCCUAGCCUCGAAAGAGCCCAGCAAAAAACUUUGGCUCCCAGGGCUGAUUCCACAGGCUUGGAGUCUGGACACAGCCCCAUAGAUACAGAGGGUAGGGAAGGUACUGGCUCAGCUGGGACUGUCACUGCUGGUCUUAUGCUACAAAGACAAAAGUGUUGGAAAGAGCAGAGAAUGGACCAUGGAGCAAGAGCAUAGAAACCCAUCUGUGUCCAGGAGCUCUGCAACCCCAUUCUGUGGCUGGAGCCCCACAUCUGCUCCACUACAUCCCCAGAGCACAAGCUGAGCCAGUGGAGCCAGGCUCCGAACCAGGGUUUGUCUGGCACCAAGCAAUGGAGAGAGGGUGACACGGUGUGGAGAGACUGGGGAUUGUCAAGGCAUCCUUUGGCUUUUUGCUAGCAUCCUUCCUGCAGCCUACGUGGUCAGGAAUUUCAUUUGGCUGAAGGAAAGGAGCAGGGGGCAGAGGCACCUGGAUAUCCCAGCAGUCCCAGGCAGGAGAUGCUGUGACCUCCUCUGAGCCUUUUCCCUAUCUCUCACCCCACAGCCAGCCUCCUCCUGCCUUGGUGUCCCAGCCUACCCCAUCACAGACAUAGCAGGGCUGAGGGACACCUUGGGGAACUGCUGGACAUGGGGCCAUGGUAGCCACACAUACAUGGAGUGCAGGUGACCCACGGAGAUAGAUAGGAGAAUUUCAUGCCCUGGUAUCUUGCCACCUGCUCAAUAUCAGCUCUACUUGGGCACCUAUGUGUUUAGAUGCCAACAUUUGACUUUUUUUU